CCAUGUGAUUUUAACUGUGUCGUAAAAAAAUGCUAUGUUUACGACUGAUUAACACAAUGGAAGAGGUUGCAUAAACCGAUCGAAAAUAAUGCCGAAUUGCAAUGAUUUCUAACUAACCAAUGAAAAAUAAGCAGGUGCAAAUACUUUGUCACUUUGAAGAAAAAUGCAUUUGCUAUUAAGAAACCGUGAUCGCAAACUGAAUUUUUCUUACUGCUUGUAAAUGUAUUAAAUGCCGCGUGGAUUAAUAGAAACCUAGUCAAAAGACACUUUCAGCUAAAAAUAUCGUUAGAUUGUAAGUACCCGUGGUAUUGCCCCGGUAAUUCGAUUAUGGGAUUUUAGUUAGUAAACUGUGAUAAUCAAUUUGCGGAUUAUUCGGAAUUUCGUUAGAAAAAAAUUAGAAAGAAGAAAAAGUUAGAAAUUCGUUAAUGAAGCACAGUGCAGGGUGCCGCAAAUUCAUGUUUUUGCGGAUUUUUCUGCUGUGUGGAAACGCAGUUUACUGACGAGUAAAAAUCUGACAGAACGCAAUUUUAUAUUUGCGUUUAUUUCCAACCCAGAUCACUUUUUUGCUUUGUUUCAUUAAAAUGCCUGAAAACCUGCUUCACAAUAACAAUUUUUUUUUGGUUCCUUACUACAUAAGAACUUUUGAGUGCAAGAAUACAGAAACUUGCCUUUUCACUGAGUAUAUUUUCAUAAGUUUAUAAAACGUCUCCGGUUUAGUAAAAUACUUGCUGUUUUACUCAGUUCUAUGGCAAAGUAGCUAAGAAACAUUUGGGAAAAAACCGAAUUUCAAGCAACAUUUGGUCAUGUGAAGAUGUAGCGCCAAUUUUCAUACGAGUACAACACUGAAGGGGCCCAAUCUGUGAAAUUCGAUGUUCCACGCUUAAUCACAAAUCGAAAAAAAAACCGCUUCAAUAUGGCCACAUUUAAAUGUAACAAACGGUAAUAAAUCUUUCGCUUAAAACUGUCGCGCCAAUUAAGCAACUCCUAUGGCUCCUUCUAGUGCUAUUUCGACCCGAUUACCAUCUAGUUGCCAAAUAGUGGAGUGAUUUGAUAGUCGCAUUGCUGGAGAGGGGGAUUGUAUAUAAGCUUCUAUCUCAAAAAAUUUCAUGCCAGUAGUUCAUAAUAUUAGAUCUAAAUACAUUUUCGUACUGCAUCGUCCAAUGAUAGUCCAUAAUGAAACUCAUCGUAGGAAAUAGCAAACAUUGGCCGAUGCUUGUUUGCAUUCUUGUGCUAGUGUGUAUCAGUGCUAGUGUCGGUCGUCAUAUUCCACAGGACUUUGAUCUUGAAUCUUCCGCAGCGGAACCAAGACCGAUCUUCAUCGAAACGGGACCUUCGGCCGAAGCUCUUCCUUUGGUUUAUGAUGCAGAUGGGAGUAAUGGACCAUUAACUGAUGCCAGCGAGAAAGUGGAGAAGGUUUUGAAACCGGCACUCUCAUUUUCCUACAAUCCGCACCAGUUUGUUGAUCAAGACAGAGAGCCAGCCGAGUCGAAACAUCAGGAUCAGAACACCGACGCGGGGGGAAGUUAUUACAAAUAUUUGGAAACAGACGAGAAAAAAGACGGGGCAGUUAAAGAAAAAACUGAAGAACAAGCUAAGGGUGAUUUAGAAGCAGGAGGAGAAGGGGCUGAAAGUAAACAUCAUGAUAAGAAACACGAUGAUGGAGGCAAUCACAACGCGGAGUUCGAAAAGGGCGGUGGCAAAGAUUUCCACGCCCAUCACCACGGAGAGCAUGGCGACAAAGGAGAAAAAGGCUACAAAGGGCACCACCAGCACGAGAAAGCCUUGAAAGGCCACCACGACAAGGAAAACCACCAUCACGGCUACGGUGAGGAGGGAGCGCAUAAAAAGGAGCACCACCAUGAAGACGGCUACCAUGGAGAACACCACAAGAGCCAUGGCGGGAAGAAGGGCGCAAAGUUCUCCGAAGAGGGACAACACAAUAAAGGACACAGCACCAAAGGCUCUCACAGCAUUCACAAGAAGGACGAAUACGAGAAAAAGACCGAGUUCUUUGAGGAGGACCAUGAGGGAGGCGACAGCGAAAAGCAUGGAGGGUUCAGUCAUAAAAAUGAAUACAAAAAGGGAGGACAUCAAAAGAGCGGACAUAAAAAAGGAGGUCACCAAGAAGGGCAUCAUGGGAGGAAGGGAGCGAAUGCUAAAGGAGGCCACUACAGGGAUGAACACGGACACGACAGCAAAGGAGGACACGAACACCAUCAUCAACACGACACUAAACAUGGCCACAAGCAGGGGGCCAGCAAUGGAAAGAAAUGGGGAUGGAGGGAAAGCAAAGACAGUGGCGGCGGCGGCGGCGGUGGAGGUGGCCACGAUGAUGGUGGCGCUCACUCCCAUCAAACCUACAUCGUUCAAGCAGCACCGAAGAAUGGAGAAACUGCACACACUCAUCAAAGCUAUGCUGUGCAAAGUCCUCCUCCAAACCAUGUUGUGGCCGUAGGCAAGGCUCCCUAUCAGAACUACCAAAUAUCUCCAAUCUCCACCUUCGUUCUUCCAUUGGAAGGAGAACCGGAGAUCGGCGGGCAAAAGCUCAGCGAUGGAGCCCGCCAGCCUAGUGAGUACGUGGCCACUGCAGUACCCAAGAAGAACUUGAAGCUGAAAAAACGCAGACCGUCCCCAACUGAAGAGUUUCUAGCUGAUAAUCCAUACAGCAGUGAAGAGUCCAGAGAAUCGGACUCCCCAAGUUCAAUUUCACCAGUCGAACUGUUUAUUCAACAGGAAUCACUGAAGCAGGAAACGAAGGGUGGCGCCGUGUACGCUAAACCUGCCGAAUCCAAGAAGGUAACCAAGAAGCGAAGACUAAAAAAGAAGAAAAUCCAAAAGGACGCCAAAGCGGAAGCCAGCGGAAGAUCCGCCCGUGGUCUUCCCGACUGUCUCCAUGGCCAUAGACGAGAAAAAAACAGCGUUCCCCAAGAAAGUAGUCACUCAUUUGUUAUUGUUGCCGCGGACGAUGCAGCGUAGUUCUUAAGUUUUACGUCGAUUUUGUUAAGUAAUUUUUACAUGUUUGUUAAUUGUGUGAUUUAUUGUUUAAGGAGGCGACGUUUCUAGUUGCAAAGACUGUGUUCUACGGCCCGAAUUUGUUUGGAUUGGUUUAGUUGCUGGCAAAAGUAGCGCUCACUUCAAUUCUGUAUCUACUAAAUUAUUAAUAAACAGUUAUUUUUGCA